CUGACAGAGUGGGACCUCUUUGCUCCUAGCCCUCUUUGUUUUAAAGUACAAACGACCUGUUUAUUUUUGGCUGAAACCACACUGACCAUGGACGAUAAGGCCUGAUACCAGAGCUUUAAUACGGGUUAUAUAAUACCUCAAGUCGUCGAGGAUACAUCCUUUAGCUAUGGUUGUGACAAUGUUAUUCAGAUUCGGUGUCAUCCUCACCCCGGAGACUUCAGAUAUGGAGGUGCUUGUUUUGGGCUCGCGCGAGGAAAUGGGUCACUGGGACCCGGACAGAGCGGUUCAGAUGAGAGCCUCACAGAAGCUCGUGUCAACAAAUGAACCGUGUCUGUGGAUCGGAGAAGUGCAGCUGGCAGAGCCGUGCAGAGACACGCUGUGGUUCAAGUUCAUCAAAAGAGUGAAUGGAGCUUUUGUCUGGGAAGGCAGCGGUCCGAGCCAUGACAGAUGUGGUUCAUAUGAUGAGAGGAACGUGGUGGAUGGAGUGUACUGCCACCCGAUUGGUCACUGGAUAGAGGAAACAGGACACACAGAUGAGAUGAAACACACCACCAGCUUUUACUUCGGUGUGGCUGAUCAGAUGACCAUGCAUUUCUCAAGGGUGCUGUCUCGUGUUUGGCUGGGCAGCUGCCCUCGACAAGUGGAGCACGUGACGAUAAAAAUGAAGCACGAGUUGGGCGUUACUGCAGUGAUGAACUUUCAGACGGAGGAGGACAUGGUCAACAAUUCCAGUGGCUGCAGACGUGACCCUGGAGAAGCAAUGACCCCAGAGACCAUGAUGCAUCUAUACAAAGACAGCAGCCUGGUGUAUGUGUGGAUGCCCACACCUGACAUGAGCACUGAGGGGCGGAUCAGGAUGCUUCCUCAGGCUGUGUUCUUGCUUCACGGCCUCCUGGAGAAAGGUCACACCGUCUACGUCCACUGUAACGCUGGAGUUGGUAGAUCCACGGCGGCUGUGUGCGGCCUGCUCAUGUACAUCCUGGGCUGGAGCCUGAGGAAGGUGCAGUACUUUGUGGCAGCCCGGAGGCCUGCUGUGUACAUCGACGAGGAGGCUUUAAUCCAGGCUCAGGAAGACUUUAUCCAGAAGUUUGGUGAACUACGAUCAUCCAUCUCUUACCCUGAGACAUAGAAGUGUCUUUGUGCUUCAAUCUUCAAACUGGAGCACCAUUUACUGUAAUGAUAAGCUGAACUAGACACAGGGUAAUGGAGAACAUACUGUACAGUUGGCAUUAAAGGUGCCUGAAGGAGAAAGAACCUAUAGCGAGAAAAUUAACUCCCUUCCACUUUAAUGUAAUGUACGUAAAUGACCCACUUCAGCUGAGUGGCUUUCCAAUUCUAGUUGAUCCCUAAGUAUCAGCGCCGAGCUCUGCUGGCUGCCAGCAGAGAUGUUGCAGGCAAUUAAUCCCACAGUGACGUGUUAGCUUUUAACUUUAGGAAUUAGUCCCUGUGCCAUUUAGCACAUUCACUUGCAAAUUGUGCUCUUGAAAUCAGCUGAGCUUUACAGAAGACGUCUGCAGGUGUGAUUAGAAAGACCUUUUAUUGAGAUGUUUUUUUGUAAUAAGUGUCAUAACAAGUUGUCAUUUUGAAUUUAACAUCUAUCAAAGAAAAAAAAAACAACCGUUUUUAAAAAGAGAUUUUUCCACAGUUACUUCUGCAUGUUAAUCCAUCACUUCUUUUCCUGAUGCAAAAUUAUCUUUCAUCCUUUGUCCUUCUUGGCGAGAGGUCUUAAUGCUGCAUAAAAACAGCCCUUCUUGCCAAAGCAAAAAAUCAAUUCUUAAAACUAAAAUAACAACAAUGCCUCUCAGCUUCCAGACAUAGAAGAAUAAAGCCCCACCUCUCUCACUCUGAGAGCUUGAUAACAUUUCAUCUUUAUUUAUUUAGCUGAACCAUCUGCCAAAUAAUGAAAACAACAUCCCUGCCAGACCAUAUUAAUGCAUUCAUAAUAAGAUGUUAUUGGAAUACUGUUUGUUGUAAAUUUUCUACUUCAUGUCUAGACUUCUGUAGAGGAUAUAUUGCUUAUUUCAAACACAGUGUUUUUGCUGGCUGCUCUUGAUUUAAGAAAGUUAUUGCAUCAGGAGGAUGAAAGAGUUUUCUCCUAAAGUGAAAGUCAUAUGCUGUCUCAUUACUUUUGGAUGAGUCCCUUCAGAAACAGUACCCUAUGAGGGUGACAGUGGGGAUUGGUUGGCGGAAUAAACAUGCAAAUGAUGGAGAGAGAGAGAGAGAGAGAGAGAGAGAGAGAGAGAGAGAGAGAGAGAGAGAGAGAGAGAGAGAGAGAGAGAGAGAGAGAGAGAGAGAGAGAGAGAGAGAGAGAGAGAGAGGUUCUUUAAUGUAAGAAGCACUGUGUAAUCUAGUUAAAGGAAGAAAAUUAGGGAUGCACAAUCUGGAUUUUUUGAGCCGAUAAUUGUAACCGAUAAUAACCUGCUCCUGAUGAGUAAUACUGAUGUUACCUUUAUUGUUUCACUUUUUUUCAUUUGAAAUGUACAGUUUAUGCACUGAUGAGAAUAAGAAAAGCUCUUCAAUUGUC